UACUGCAUUACUCACACACCAUAAUCUCACAAACAAAUUAUAUUUUUUCAACAAAGCCAUGCUUAAUCACCAACAAAAACUGGAUGAAACUCACCUUUGUUCUUCUGGUCCAACCUUAAAGAUGCAUGCCAGACGAAACAGCAUCAGUGAGCAAGAAUUCGCCUUCUGGGGUUCAUGUAAAUCCCCAUAUGAAGAGAGUUUUGAUGGUGGUGGUCCUGAUCAUUUUAACAGUGGUAGCACUGAACCAGAGUUUCAAGCUACAGCCAAUACUGAAGAAGAAGAAGAAGAAGGCUUUAGAGUUUACUCACCCCAAUUAUGGAAGACUAACCGUUCUAGUAGUAAACAAGAAUCUUUACCUUUGCUUCCACACAACCAUCAUUACAGUAAUCUCUCCCCAAAUUCAAGGAGACAAGCAAUAGUAGAUGGUAGGAAAGAGCUCAUGGAGAUGAUUCAACACUUGCCUGAAUCUUGCUACGAGCUCUCUCUGAAAGAUAUUGUUGCAGAGGAUCAUAGUUUGCAGGAGGGUGAAGAAGAUUCAACCACUGUCACCAAAGAUGAGACUUUUGAUGAUUUCAAGGCGGAAGCACCAAUUAUGAAGCUGAAUAGAAAGAAGAGGAGCAUCAGAAAAGGUCAGAUAACAAGGACGGGAAGUUUGGAAAGUGAAACUUUCCUGAUAAAGUCGUUCCUUCCUUCAUCUCUGGGCUCAAAGAAGAAAGCAAAAAGCGCCAGAGUUCCUUCGAUCAAGUCGUCUGAUGAAGCUGAGAGCGAUGUGGAUAAAGUGUGCUGGAUAAAGGGCACUUUUAUUGCAGGAAGAAGGAAUAAGAUUUGCAGAAGUAGCACUAGUGGCAGCAAUAGUAGCAGCCAAAGCAGCAGCAGCAGCACUGGCAUCACCAGAUAUGCUAGUGAGACUGAUUUCAUACCGGGUUGCUGGCCCUUUUUCUCUACAAGGAAAAGCAAAAGCAUGAGAGAAAAAGGAUGCAUCUACUGAAUGAGGAAGCACUCUUGGAAUCCUACCACCAGCUACUAACCAAUAGUAGAAAAAGAAUAUGAAAUUUUAAGAAAUGACUGCAACCAAGUUUUGCAUGUAUAUAAUCAAAGCAUAAUUUUUUGUUAGUUAUGUUGUCCUUGGAAAUGUAAUAGAGUCAGUGAAAACUACAAUGAUUCAUAACAGUGAAAAUAAAUGGAUUUCCAAUGCUGCUACUACUA